AUGAUGUUCGUGUGUACGGCUGUCCUUUUGACGCUGAUGUUUGUUUUUCCUAAUACCCCGGCUUCGUGGUGGGGCCUUGACCAGCCCACUCAUGACAAGCCUGCUUCCAUGGAGUGCAACAGAUACCAGGAGAAGUCGCACGGCCUGAAUUGGGCCAACCUGGAAGCCGGCCCGUUCUCCACCUACGCCGAUUUCAAUUUCACCGAUUUCACGGUCAGCGAGACCUUCGGUACCGGUAUCGCAAAAGGCAAGAAAUCUAUUACCGCCAACGUCACCAAGUCUCGUGACUCGGCUCCUUCUAUCUCAUCCAAGAACCGUUUCUCUAUCAAGAACAUCUAUGUCUCGGCUUCCAAGGUCAUUGAUCUCAAGAUGCGUUUCACCAUGCCUGAUGGUAAUUUCUGCCGCAAGACUGCCCGCGUCAGACCCCGUGUCGGCGACAUUUUUGUCGAUAAUUGUGCCGGUGCUACUUCUGUUCAGUUCGAACUUGAUGAGAGCAACAAACAAACCACUGCUGAAAUUGGUAUCUACAACAUCCUGUUCAACUGCGGACAAUCGACCGUUCCAGGUGCCACGUGGGUGGAGCGUUUCACACCCCGUGUGGAUAUGCGCAAGCGUGCAGUUUCUUCUAUUCCCUAUGUUGCUGGAACUAGUGGCGAACAGACUACUCAGCCUGCUGACUCUGAGCCUACUGCUGCUCAGACUUCCAGCCCGGCUGCUGAUUCCGACAAUGGCAAUACUGGAUAUACCUCUAGCUCUGCAAGCCCCGAAUCUGUCAAUGCCAAUGGCCAAACCCCUAGUGCUUCGGCUUCCAACGGUCUUGAGGUUGUUCCUCAGUCUGCUCCUACCCCCGCUUCGGCUGCAGCGUCUUCAACUUCAACAACCCCUGUUAUUGUUGUUGACCCAAGCAACAGUGCCUCGAAAUCCUCCACAUCUUACAACUCUGUUAACUCACCUGUGGCUGAUACCAACACUCCCUCGAGCUCUAACGUUGUUCAUGAGCCCACGGGCUCCGCAGCUGGUGCUUCGAUCAACGGUGUGAAAUCCUCUCCGGCAGCUGAGAGUGCUUCUAGCCCUGCUGCUGCGAUAACAUCUGCCGCGGCUCAGACUCACCGCAUGACAACAUCGACUGUCUAUGCCACCAGCGUGAUCACCGUCACUAGCUGUGCUGCUACUGUCACGGACUGCCCGGCUGAUUCUACUCGUCUUAUCACUUCUACCUUUGCCGUCUCUACCACCGUGCAUCCAGUGACAGAGACCAAUGCUGAGACUACCCCGGCUGCGAAGUCCACUCCUGUUGUCUCCAGCCCAAGUGGUAGCUCGCCUGAAAGCUCACCUGCCGCCUCGCCUAUCUCCUCGUCAGUUCCCACUACGACUGGUAGCUCAACGGUCGCAAAGACUGUAAAUCCAUCUGCAGGGGCAACUACCUCCCAGAAGUGGACAACCUCGACUGUCUACACCACGCGCGAGGUUACGAUCACCAGCUGUGCUGCGUCAAUUACCAAUUGUCCUGCCGAUUCAACCGUUGUGGUGACCUCUACCAUUGCACUUUCGACCACUAUUUGCCCUGUGACAGAGACUGAGACUGGAACUGGUACGGUGAAAACUUCCACUCCGCUUGUGCCUUCUAGUGUCUCGCCUGAAUCAUCACCUGCUGGAUUGCCUAGCUCUUCACUCCCUACUAGCUCUCCUUCUGUGCCUUCCAGUGUAUCGCCUGAAUCAUCACCGGUUGGAUCGUCUAGCUCUUCACUCCCUACUAGCUCUCGUUCUGUGCCUGUUGCCAGUUCACCAGCUAUCUCUCCUGGUUAUUCGGCUUCUGUUACUCCCAGCACCUCACCGGCCGGUAUCACACCCACGCCCACCGAGUGGACUACUUCGACUGUCUACAGUACCAGCUUGGUUACCGUUACCAGCUGUGCUGCGACAGUCACUGAUUGCCCUGCUGACUCUACCACUGUGAUCACUAAAACCAUUGCUGUUUCGACUACCAUAUGUCCAGUGACUGAGACAGAGACUGGUACAGAGAAGACUUCCACUCCUGUUGGACCUAACGGUGUUUUGCCCACCUCUUCUCCAGCUGCAUCGUCAUCUUCUAUUCCCGCUAUCUCACCCAGCCACUCACCGCAACCUUCGAGAUCUUCCCCUGUCACAGCCUCGCCGAGUGGAUCCUCAGCCUCGACCACUAAGUGGACUACAUCAACUGUUUACUCUACCAGCUUGAUUACUGUUACUAGCUGUGCUGCGACGAUCACUGACUGUCCGGCUGACUCUACCAGUGUUAUCACUAAGACAGUUCCCGUUUCGACUACAAUAUGCCCAGUGACUGAGACUGAGACAGGCCACUCGUCUACUUCGGCCGUUCCAGGACCCACCGUGACUUCAACUCCGUCUGCAGUUACUGGCACGCCGGCUACUCCUGGUGUCAGUGCUGGUUCUACCCCGGGUACUCCAGAAUCGAUUGUGACUGUUGUGACUUACACUACCACAACAUGGUGUCCUUACACCGCCACACAUACCUCGGGGACCUCUAUCAUCACUACAGUUUCCAGCAGCCCUUCGGUCAUUGUUGUGACUUCAACUUCGACCAUCCCCGCAGCUACGUCUACAGCUACAGUGACGGCUCCUUCUGGCGUUAGUGCUGGUUCCACCUCUGUUUCUACCCCGGGUACUCCAGAAUCGAUUGUGACUGUUGUGACUUACACUACCACAACAUGGUGUCCCUUCACUGCCACGCAUACCUCAGGUACCUCUAUUAUCACCACAGUAUCGAGUACCCCAUCGGUUGUUGUCGUGACUUCAACAUCCACUAUUCCCGCAGCUACGGCUACGGCUACAGUGACCGCUCCUUCUGGCGUUAGCGCUGGUUCGACACCCGCAAGUCCAGAAUCGACUGUGACUGUUGUGACUUACUCCACCACAACUUGGUGUCCGAUCACUGCCACACACACGUCAGGCACCUCUGUCAUUACUACCGUGUCGAGCACUCCCUCGGUGGUUGUUGUUACAUCAACAAAGACCAUUUGUCCUAAGUGCUCUUCGCACGCUUCGACUGGUACUCCCGAAUCUACCCCUGCCACAGCUACUCCUUCGGAAUCCGGCUCGGCGUCUACUCCUGAGACUACGCCUGCUAAUUUUACUGCCACGAGUUUUAUCUCGGUGUCUUCUUCUCAGUCCACCGCCUCUGUUACUCCUUCUGUACCUGCAGAAGUUAGUGCUGGUUCUACCCCUGGAAGUCCAGAGUCGACUGUCACCGUCGUAACUUACUCCACAACCACCUGGUGCCCAGUCACUGCCACACACACGUCAGGCACCUCUGUCAUUACUACAGUGUCAAGCACUCCCUCGGUAGUUGUUGUGACCUCCACGUCGACCAUCUGUCCGAAGUGCUCGUCGCAUGCUUCAACCUCGGUGUCUAGUACCCCCGAAGCUACUCCUGCUACGGAAUCUGGCUCGACGUCUACCACCGAAACUACUACUGCUACAGUUACUCCUUCGGAAUCUGGCUCGACGUCAACUCCUGAGACUACACCUGCUGAGGUUACUGCCACAGAAUCUAGCUCGGAAUCUUCUUCUCGGUCCACUGUCCUCGUUACUCCUUCUGUGCCUGCAGAAGUUAGUGCUGGUUCUACCCCUGGAAGUCCAGAGUCGACUAUCACCGUCGUGACUUACUCCACAACCACUUGGUGUCCAGUCACUGCCACACACACCUCUGGGACUUCUAUCUACACCACUGUUUCGAGCACCCCCUCGGUAGUUGUUGUGACCUCCACAUCGACUAUUCCCGCUACCCCCACGACUACAGUGACACCUCCCACUAGCGUUAGUGCAAACUCGACUCCGGCCGUCCCUGAGGCCCCAGGUUCGACUGUUACUAUCGUGACUUACACUACCACAACAUGGUGUCCAGUCACGGCCACUCAUACUUCCGGUACCUCUAUCUACACCACGGUGUCCAGUACUCCUUCUGUGGUAGUUAUAACCUCCACGUCGACUAUUCCUGCUACCUCCACGUUUAUUGUCACGCCUCCCACCGGUGUCAGUGCAAGCUCGAUUCCAAGCGUCCCUGAGCAGACGAACACCGUGACAGAGACCACUACUGCUGAGACCACUACUGCCGAGACUACCCCUGGAGUUCCAGUUUCCGUUAUUCCAGUGACUGUUCCUGCUAGCUCUACCCCAAGUCCCGAGGAGACAGUGACCGUUAUCACAUGGGCUACCACGACUUGGUGUCCAGUCACAGCGACGUAUACUUCUGGUAGCUCCAUCCACAUCGUUACCACAAGCACUGCGUCUACAGUCACACUCUCCUCCACGUCGACGAUCACCAUGACCACCCCGGUAGUUGUUGAGCCCACACCUACUGGUGCCGGUGCUCAAUCCACUCCUGGUGCUCCAGGCUCUGGCUCAACUGUGACUGUGAUCACUUACGAAAGUACGACUUGGCAUCCAUCCACAGCUUCAUGGACAUCUGGUGAUUCUGUUAGCACAUUCAUUACACACAUUCCGUCGACAGUCACACUGACCUCGACCUCGACUGUAUGCACGAACUGUGCUAGCCCGACUGCCCCCACUGCCUCUGCCUGCCCUGCAUCCACCAUCGUUAUGCAAUGCAUCAACACCUGGCUCAAGUCAAAGACUAAUUGCGCCUCGGAUACAUCUUCCAGCUGCUAUUGCCCCAACAGCGAGUUUACCAACAAGGUUCAAGACUGUAUUGAGGUAUCGGGUGUAUCCAAUUCCGAGGUACAAGGCGGCCUCUCUUACUUCGCCGGUGUCUGCGCGAACUGGGUCUCUCGAAACCCUGCUAUUAUGACCAACAUCCCAGCAAAUAUCACUUUGACUGGGGGUGUCUGCGUCCCCACACUCCCUGCGCUCAGCUCCGGGGUCAACACUUUAACUGCUCCGCCUGCUCCUGUCACUACAAUCACCUACCGUACUUCCACCGUCACCGUGCCAAUGGUGACCUUCGUGACUACCACUGCCUGGGGUAGCACACCAUCUGUUGCAAUCGUUCCUUUCAUGACCGGUACUCCAUCUGGUCCUAUGCGUACUCCUCACUCACCGACCUGGAAGAGUACCCCCUACCGGUCCGGGAGCCCAACGCCCUCUCCAAGCUACACGCCCUAUUACAAUUCGGCACAACCACUGACUGAGUCCGGUCUUUCGAGCGUUCUCCUCGGUGUCGCUGCCUCUUUCCUUGCGUUCUUCAUCUAG